CUUCAGGGCUUGCAGGAGCUGAACGUUCGGGUUAUUCUUGGAGAGCGACUCGAUUUCGAGUCUCUCCAACACACAUCUAAAGGGUCUUCAGAACCACGCGUAGUACGAACUCUAUCAGGGCAGACAAUAACUGCCGACCUACUGCUACUAUGCACAGGUCAAGUACCGAACACGAAGCUCCUCCGUGAUAUGGACCCUCGUACUAUAGUCACAGACACUGGACUGGCAUGUGUUCUGCGGACUAUGCAACUU